CACCGGCGUGGGGAGCUGCAGACUCGAGCCCCAGCCCCAUCCCGGGGCUUCCCUCGCAGGCAUCGUGAGCGCCUCCGGUGCCGGUCCCCGGCUUCCCAUGGGCAGAGCCGCGGCCGGCGCCGGGACUGAGCGCGGAGCCGCCGCCGGCGCGCCCGGUGCGGAGCGGGACGCAGGGGCUGGAGCCGGCGCUGCGAGCCCCGCCGGGGCCGCGGGUAUUUAGGGCGGGCGCCGCCGGAGCCGGGCGAGAGCGGGACGGCGGGGACCGAGGCUCUGUUUCAGAUGUACUGGUUGUGAGUGACAGAGGUGUUUCUUCUCGACGGUUCAGAGGAGGCUGGCCUGGUGACUAUCUCCUUGGAGAAGUUCACUGUCUUUUUAGCCCUCGCAGCCAUUCAUGGACCAUAUUCAGGAUCUCUUUCAAGAAGGCUUGGGCCUGGCAUAAGAACCCCUUCACCAGCCUGUUCUUCCUCCUUUGAGGGAAUCACUACUCCAGAAGUCAUUCCAAUCAUUGACCAUGUCAGGAGCAUCUCAGUUCUUGGAACAUGCUGUGAGCUUCAGUGCCAACGCAUUGAUUUCUGGUACCCAAUACCUGACUUCAGCAUUUGAAGACUGAAUGUUGAUGAGAAAACCUCACUGCUCUGGAGGAAGAAAUGAAAACCGAGCUCUGGGCUUUUCAAAAAGAGGUCUUGAUUUACAGUUCUGGCACAAAUGAUGGCUACAGAAGGAAUGCAGACAGUAUUGGUCUGUAUCUUGGGUGCCCUGCUAAUAAAGUGUCCCUUAUCAAUAUCAAAAAUGUGACAUUCAGCUAGUAGAGAGGAAGAGAAAAUACUCUUGAGGGUGGCUUUGUCCCGAGCACAGGGGCACCAAUUACAUGCCCACGUUUCUUUUUCGCCGUCUCACUCUUCAGUAUUUAUGGAUGCAGCUUUGCAGAUGAGUUGAGAAAGGAGGUGUGAAGGAAAGGUAAUAAAGAAUGAUUAAGUCACCUGCAUGAUGGAAAUGAAAACCACCUAAAUCCCCACCACUCACAGUACCUGUGUUGUGAUAGUGCUUGUAUUUGUCAGACACCAGAAUCAUGUCUGGAUGAUUAUGUUUUGCUUUAACAAUGAUGUCAUUGAAGUGAUGUGAUGGAAAAUGUAACUUCGGAGAGCACCUCAUCUACUGUGUAAGCUGAAGUUUUCAACAAGUUAAUAUUUCUUCUGUGUUGGGUUCUAGUAUGAGAAGUUCUAUUUCAGCAGAAAAGUAAGCAUCUUCCCUCAGCAUCCCAGAAAGGCUACACUGGGAAGCGAGAAGUGAAAUCAGAGCAGAGGAUGACUCAGUAUAACCACUCGGCAGAGCUCCCUCUCCAGAGCUCAGCAAACAAGUCAUUAAAUUUCACUGAAGCACCGCUGGCUUUGGAUGAAGGGACACUGUUAGGGCUGAAGGUUUCCUUGUCGGUCCUUCUGUCCGUUCUAACUUUGGCAACGGUCCUUGCAAACGUUUUUGUUGUCAUUACCAUUUUUGUGACUCGAAAGCUCCACACACCUGCGAAUUACCUCAUCGGCUCCUUGGCGGUGACUGAUCUUUUAGUGUCUGUCCUAGUAAUGCCCAUCAGUAUUGCUUACACUGUCACCCACACGUGGGCCUUUGGCCAAGUGCUGUGUGAUAUCUGGUUAUCGUCAGACAUCACGUGCUGCACAGCCUCAAUCCUACACCUCUGUGUCAUUGCACUGGACAGAUACUGGGCUAUCACAGAUGCUCUGGAAUAUGCCAAACGCCGGACCACAGGCCGAGCAGCGCUCAUGAUUGCUGUGGUCUGGAUGAUCUCUAUCAGCAUUUCUGUGCCACCGUUCUUCUGGAGGCAAGUGAAAGCUCCUGAAGAACUUGCAAAGUGUACUGUGAACACAGACCAAAUUUCCUACACGAUUUAUUCCACUUGUGGAGCUUUUUACAUCCCAACUGUGCUCCUCCUCAUCUUGUACGGGAGAAUUUACAUAGCGGCUCGAUCCAGGAUCCUGAAGCCACCCUCAUUAUGUGGGAAACGCUUUACCACAGCACACCUGAUAACUGGCUCUGCUGGCUCUUCCCUCUGCUCCAUUAACGCCAGUCUUCAUGAAGGGCACUCCCAUUCAGGUGGCUCCCCAAUAUUUAUCAAUCACGUUAAAAUAAAGCUCGCAGACAGCAUCCUGGAAAGGAAGAGAAUUUCUGCUGCACGGGAAAGGAAAGCCACCAAAACGUUAGGCAUUAUUCUGGGAGCUUUCAUUUUCUGCUGGCUGCCUUUUUUUGUCAUGUCCCUAGUGCUGCCAAUCUGCCGAGAUGCUUGCUGGUUUCAUCCCAUCCUCCUGGACUUUUUUACGUGGUUAGGUUACUUAAACUCCCUGAUCAAUCCAGUCAUUUAUACGGCUUUUAAUGAAGAAUUUAAACAGGCUUUCCAAAAACUAAUUCAUUUCAAGAAGUGCUCAUCUUGAGCCUCUCCUGUCAUGUUAGUGAGCCUCGUGCAAUCGUGCAGCCUACCUGGAAACUUCCUGUGCUUUUAUUCCUUAAGGUACAGAGCCAUAAUUGCCAUCUCUGCUACCUACCCUGUGCUGUGCAUGUAACUGGGAACUUCCUGCCCAUUUGGUACUUCCUGUCUGGAAUCCUCCAUCCCAUAACAGAACAUGUCUGUGGUCUCUGCAGUGAUCAUCUGUGUCUGU